AUGAUGGGAUUAAGGUGGAGUAUAGCGGUAACGGUGACGUUUGCGGUUUCUCUGCUGUGGUUUGGAGCACUGCGAAUCCAAGCCUCUAAUUCUGUUUCCGCUUUCGUUCAAAACGCCAUCUACUCCAAUAGAAUCACCGUGUUUUCCAAAUCCUAUUGCCCCUAUUGUUUGCGCGCCAAACGCAUACUUGCUGGACUAAGCGAGAAACCGAUUGUUGUGGAGCUCGAUUUGCGAGAUGAUGGGUAUGAAAUUCAGAGUGUUCUUCUGGAUUUGAUUGGUAGAAGGACAGUCCCCCAAGUAUUUGUGAAUGGAAGGCAUAUUGGUGGAUCAGAUGAUCUCAGUGCUGCAGUCCAAAGUGGUGAAUUGCAGAAACUUCUCAGUGCAAGUUGA